CUUUUUUUAACAGCCUUCUCUCAUUACACUACACAAACAAAUGAUGCCCCUAUAAAGCUCACAGAUUUCCUUCUCUCCCCAUAAAAAAAUUCUUCAAUUGAAUUCAGAUAUAAUAUGCAACUCCAAACUUAAAAAAUACCUUUCCUUUUCAAACAGGUUAAAAUGACCACGCAAAACUGAAAGUGUAGUUUUUUUUUUUUUCUCAUUUUCUUUUUACAGAUUUCUAUUAUCUAAAAAUACAAUUUUUUUUCGAAAGCUAUGUUGGACUACGGAUGGGGAAACCCGUCGCCGGUCAUGCUCACCGGAGAGGACAAUCCCCAAGAUUCCGACCAGGGCCACCACCACAUCUUCGAACCUUACGCCGCCCAAAACUUCCCAGAAACCACCGCUACCUUCAUACACCCAGACACCCACUUCGCCGCCUCCGCCGCCGUCGCCGGCGUCGGCCCCUUCCACCAAAACGCCCAGUUCACCCCCUUCUACGACCCGCGCGCCUACGGCGCGUCCGCCGCCUCAUACCCCCAUCACCCGCCGGUGGCGGCGCCUCCGCCGCCUCACAUGCUGUCCCUUGAACCAGCCGUUCCGGCGGGGUUCUUGGCAGUCCCCAAGGCCGAGCCGGGGGCCGGCGGGUUCGAUUUCAACGCGGAGUACAGCAGCAGGAUAGGGCUGAACCUCGGCGGCCGGACCUACUUCGCCUCGUCGGAGGACGACUUCGUGAACCGGCUUUACCGGCGGUCCAGGAUCUUCGAACCCGGUUCGGCCAGCUCCGCCAGGUGUCAGGCGGAGGGCUGCAGCGCCGACCUGAGCCACGCGAAGCACUACCACCGCCGCCACAAGGUUUGCGAGUUCCACUCCAAGGCCGCCACCGUCAUUGCCGCCGGUCUCACCCAGCGGUUUUGCCAGCAGUGCAGCAGGUUCCAUCAGCUGCCGGAAUUUGACAACGGGAAGAGGAGUUGCCGGAAAAGGCUAGCUGACCAUAAUCGGAGAAGGAGAAAAUCAUCCCAGCAAACUAAUAAUCAAGAAAGUAUUAACAAAUCUCAGUCAGCUGAUAAUAACAAUGCACCCAACACCUCAUCUGAAAAUUUAGCAAGUAGGUCCCCGCCGGAUUCCGGCCAGCACUCGUCCUCGGUCACGGUGGCAAUAUCCCCUCCGAGAAUCUCCCUCGAUUAUUUCGGCCACCGUUCUAAUUAUGCUGGCGUGGGCCCCACCACCUCAUCAACUGCAUCAACGGGCUCACUCUUCUACUCAAAUUAAUUAACGGCUGAAUAGUAUAUUUUGGUAAAACGACAAAACGGGCGUAAUUAAAUUAUAUAUUUUCCGGUCACUGGAAAUUUCUAUAAUUUUAGUUCCAGAGUUUCAAACAUGACCAGGAAGAAGAAAUUAAUAUUAUUCAAGAAAAAUUAGCAGCUCUCAAGCUGAUAAAUUGCGGAAUAAUUAUUAAAUAGUUAAGUACUGGUGGAGAUUUAUAUAACAGUUAAUUUGUGACCCUUUGGCUAGUCAAAAAGUGUCAUUCAUGUGGAAAUUCUAUAUUUAACUGUAACAUUAAUUAAUUAUAACUAUUACUGUUGUUGUAUUAAUAUUAUUAUUGUUAUUGUUAUUGUUAUUUACUUUUAUUGCUUUUAUCAGGCUAUGUUCUUGUUAUCCAUAUAUAACAAUGUACCUUCAUGUUCCUUGGGAAUUGAAUUUCCCCU